AUGGGCAGCGCCAGUCCCGGCCUGAGCAGCGUGUCCCCCAGCCGCCUCCUGCUGCCCCCCGACACUGUGCUGCGGACAGGCCUGGAAAAGGAGGCCGCAGGGGUGGCGGGGCCCGAGAGACGGGACUGGAGCCCCAGCCCGCCGGCCACGCCUGAGCAGGGCCUGUCCGCCUUCUACCUCUCCUACUUCGACAUGCUGUACUCUGAGGACAGCGGCUGGGCCGCCAAGGGUCCCGGGGCCAGUGCACGGGAGGAGCCGCCCGAGGAGCCUGAGCAGUGCCCAGUCAUCGACAGCCAAGCCUCCGGAGGGAGCCUGGACUUGGCACCGGGGGGGCUGACGCUGGAGGAGCACUCCCUGGAGCAGGUGCAGUCCAUGGUGGUGGGCGAGGUGCUCAAGGACAUCGAGACCGCCUGCAAGCUGCUCAACAUUGCUGCUGACCCUGUAGACUGGAGCCCUGGCAACGUGCAGAAGUGGCUCCUGUGGACGGAGCACCAGUACCGGCUGCCGCCCGUGGGCAAGGCCUUCCAGGAGCUGGGGGGCAAGGAGCUGUGUGCCAUGUCGGAGGAGCAGUUCCGCCAGCGCUCUCCUCUGGGUGGUGACGUGCUCCACGCCCACCUGGACAUCUGGAAAUCAGCGGCUUGGAUGAAAGAGAGGACUUCUCCCGGGACCAUCCACUACUGUGCCUCCGCCAGCGAGGACAGCUGGACCGACAGUGAGGUGGACUCCUCCUGCUCCGGGCAGCCCAUCCACCUGUGGCAGUUCCUCAAGGAGCUGCUGCUCAAGCCUCACAGCUACGGCCGUUUCAUCCGGUGGCUCAACAAGGAGAAGGGCAUCUUCAAAAUCGAGGACUCCGCCCAGGUGGCCCGGCUGUGGGGCAUCCGCAAGAAUCGGCCUGCCAUGAACUACGACAAGCUGAGCCGCUCCAUCCGCCAGUAUUACAAGAAAGGCAUCAUCCGGAAGCCGGACAUCUCCCAGCGCCUCGUCUACCAGUUUGUGCACCCCAUCUGA